AUGGAUGCCUAUUCCACUGGGGGAGGCGGCAAGCUCAAACUCAAGGGAUCCAAAGUCAGCGAUGGCCGGGUAAAGAAGAAGAAGAAGAAGAGCAAGAAGGCCAUCAGCGGUGCUGGUAGCGAUACCGGCACGCCUGUGGAGAGGGAGUCGGAUGCUGUACCGGACGAGAGGGAAGAAGGGGUGCCUGGUACUGAGGUUGGGGAUGGGGUUGAGCGUGAGGAUCGGGGUGAAGGUGCUGGGUUAUCGGGCAAGACGGAGGCCGAGCGACGACAUGAGGAGAUGCGGAGGAAAAGGCUGCAAGAACGCCUGAAACGUGACGGGGCCAAAACCCACAAAGAACGGGUAGAAGAGCUGAACAAGUAUCUGAGCAGAUUAAGUGAACACCAUGAUAUGUAUGGUUUCCUUUAUUAUUUCAUUUUGAUCAGUUGUUUGAAAGGCACCGUGUCACUGACCUGCUGCUACAGGCCGAAAAUUGGCCCUGGCUAA